CCGAUGUAUCCAUCCAUGGUGGCAUGCACCUUCACAGAAGAAGACGCCCGUCAGAGCUCACGGCAUCCCGGAUGUCAUUCAUCCAUGCACCCGCACACACCUGUCUGACGUGUGCAUUUGAUCAAUGUACACGCACACAUUCACACAACUGACUAUUCAACACAUACACGCCGACAUGGGACGAACGAGCGACCGGCCAUCUACCGACCAGCAUGUAUCAAUUACUCGACCCCUUGUCAGUCAGUCUGUUUGGUACUAGCUGAGUGGCCCUCUGGCGUCACAUCAUUUAUCUUUUAAGCUGUGUGUCUGACUGAGUAGCAGGCCAGGUGCGCGAGAGCUGCACCGAUCCGCUGAAGUCGAUUGUGAAAUUUCCUAUCGUCUUGUCGGGGCAUCUGGUGCGCAGCACACGUCGGGAGGUUCCCACGGGCUCGAACACUUCCAGCCUAGAUACAUGCACAUGAAGCCAUUAAACAUGGGCGCGGCGCGUCGUGUAUCCCAUUUAUGACUCCCACUCACUCUCUCACCUGGUUAGGCCUCGUAGCUUGAGGAGCUGCUGGAUGAAGGCAUAGAAGUAGUCAUCCUCCGACGGCACACCCUCCGGCACUGCAAUCAACCAACAGACACUCAUCCACAAAGGCCAUGAUGAAGGCCGUCCGUGUGUGCGUGCAUCCGGCUGACGGACCUUUCAGGUAGAGCUGUAUCUCGCUAAUGGUGGGCAGUGCAUCUGGCCUGUCCCCCCAGUCGACCGGCCCGCUCUCGUCCCCCUCUACACGCAGCCUCAGCAACGGCACCCGCGCUGCCCUCCCCAACUCGGCCAGAUACGCACUCCAGGCCUCGGCCGACAGCGGCACGCUCCCCGCGUCCACCUGCAGCCUAUCCGCACCAAUGAUCCGCACCAAUGGCGCCACGGCGUGACUCCCCAACGUUGUCGUCACACUCAAGGAUGUCGCCACCGGGAACGCGCUGUUGGCAAGGUGCUCGAGUGCGCGGGGUCGGGGGAUCAAUAGAGGUGGCUGCCAGUUUCGUCUGGUGUGGAUGGCGACGCUCUCCGCCUUGUCGAAUGAGAUGGUGGCCGCGACCUCCUUGACGGCGUCGUUGGGUGUCUCGAGGGGCUGCAGGUCGGUCGUGUCACGAGGGGUGAUCUUCCACUCGACCGUCAGCGCGGCCGCGGCCAGGCGGAUGAUGGAUUGUUUGAUGAAGGAGGUGGCGUCCGCUGGGAGGCGAAACAGGUUGCUCAGGUCGAAGGUCGCAAUGCAUGUGGGGGCCGAGCCGCCAGUGACCCGCACUUUCUGCGUACGUCGCACCAACUCGUUAAAACGCUCCAACGCUACAAGCAUCUAUACACGUGGGAAUGGGCAACGAGCAAGGCGAGAAAUGAGUCGUCGUCUGUGGCAUGUAUGUCGUGUUUGUUGUUGCUGACUGACCUCUAAGGCGUCCAUGUCGGCCUUCAUGCGAUCGAUGAGGUCCACUCGAAGUGAUGUUAGCCCACGGCCCUGUACGCCGUCGCAACCCCGCGCAAUCAGGACACUCUGAAGACAGACAGACAGACAGACAGCGUCGAGCGGUCGGUCGCCGGUUGUUCCACUGGUCGCCCUCCUUGCCUGCAGUUCAUUGAUGUCUUGGAUGAAAUGCCGAUCGGAGCUACACUGCACCAAACAAACACGCACAGAGGUCAGUCAAUACCUCCACUGACUGCACCGUGAUGUGCGUGUCAUUUAGUCACCUCUAGCGUGCCGAUAUCCUCCAGGUUGGCCAGGGGCCUGACCGUUUCACUCUGUCCGGCAGCCCCCUCCCCUCGCCCCGCACGGUCCAGCACCAUGGCCUUGUGACGCGGAGGGGAGCACACGUCCAGUCGCCGCAGGGCCGUUGACGUUGACACCCAGGUGGCGAGUCGCAGGGGGUCCGGCGGCUGGUUGGCCGGCGGCGGCUCCCUCUCGACUCUCGCAUCGAUGAUAUCCUUCAACGCUGGCAUUGUCCACCUCCCCGCCACCACGGCGUGACCGAUGCGGAGGCCGGUGACCGUCUCGAGGGAGGGGAGGACCCGUCGACUGCAUGAUGGAUUGGGAAUGGCCGGCUCGGUCCUUUGCAGUAGGGGCAGCUCCUGCAGCUCCGCCUGGCUCAUGUCAGUCCUGUCCGCCUGCUCGAAUGAGAUGGUCGUCAGCGUGCCCGCUGCUAUCCGCCCUCUCUCCACCAUCUCCGCUCGUCCUUCCGCAUGCCCGUCAACCACACCGGCAAACGCAGUCAUGGCGUAGUUGCCUGGAAGGACAACGCAUUCACAAACACAUGAAGAGAAUACUCGCCAUGUAUCCACACAGGCAUGUGUACCCACCUGUGGUGAGCCCGAGUGGGUAUCUGACGAUGACAGCGAUGAGAUGGGCAAGUCUGACACCCCACCGGUGAGCCUCUACAUAAGGCAUGCGGCGCCAGAAGGUCCGAUCUGGCUCGAACCGACCGUCGAUGACCAGACGCGUUACGCUGGGCGCCAGGGCAGCCCACGUGGUGCGGGGGAGACCAAUGAGCUGGCGGAAAGGCAGGCAUGGGAACAACGAGCUCCGAAGGAUGGGCUGAAUGGAAACACAGGACGACGGAACACGUCAUGUGCUUCCUUUGCAGCUGUGUGCAUUCGCGUGCAAGGGAUGAGGGCAGGACUGCACUGCUGACCAGAGGGAUGGAUGUGAAGAGGGCAUGGAGGUCGAUUGCCUCGUCACCAGACUCGUCCUCAUCUGAGGCCGUACGGCGGCCACCGGCUCUGGGCGUGAACCGCGGCACCGACAGGCGUCAAUGUUUUCCCUCAUCCAUCAUAGCUCCCAUUCUCCUCCAUCAUCCAUCGCCGCCGCAUCCUGAAGCCAUCCCCCCUCAAAAC